AGGGGUUUGUCAUAGGACAUUUUUUAAUGGGGAUUGACUUCGUCGAAUAAUGUCUCUGGUGGACGCGGAAAAUUGCCUCGAAAAUUAAGUUAAUCAAAAUGGAAUCGUGCAAAACACAAUCAUCAAAGCUGUUUGCAUUCUCUGCCGUGGAUCUGCGGGAUGAUUUCGAAGAGCGCCUGGAGAGGGCUCAUCAGAGCUUCGUCCCCAUGACGGCAGGUUUGAGCGACAAGGAGCUGCACGACCUCCUGGCCACGACAAUGGCUAAGGAUAAGCAGCACGAGGAUAUCUCCCUGGGGAUGGUGUACACCAUCCUCACGGAACCCCAGCAGGCCGCCAAGACCUACAGGGACCUGACGCUCCUGUCGCGCGACGGGCUGGCCUUCACCACCACCAACGUUUGCAUGCUGGUGGCGGAUAAAUACACAAAAAUGACAGAUAUUGCCCGGAAGCAGCUGCUGUGGCUUGUGCGGGAAUUCGUGAAGAAUGCCGUGCUCAAUGUGGACCAAAUUGUGUGGAAUAUGCUCCGUCAGGCAAGCGGUGGGGAUGCUUCGCCGCGCAAUAUUCUCCUUGUUGAAGGUCUCUUGGACAUCUUCGUGGAUCACAGGCAGUGGCUCGAGAAAACUCCCUUCCUCGUGGGCACGGUGGUGUACACGUAUGUGCGCCUCAUUGAGGACCACACGAACCCCCUCCUGGCCAACUUACGCGCCAAGGAAGUCAAAUUCGUUGUUUCCCUCAUUCGGGAUCGCUUCACUGACGUCAUCCCACUCGGACGGGAUUUUAUUCGGUUGCUGCAGAAUGUGGCGCGUAUCCCGGAAUUUGAUCAACUGUGGAAGGAUAUCUUCCUCAAUCCCAAAUCCCUCUGCCCCACAUUCACGGGUGUGUGGCAGAUCCUUCAGACACGCACCAGCCGACGCUUCCUGCAGUCACGGCUGACGCCGGAAAUUGAGAGAAAGCUCCACUUCCUCACGAGCAGCGUCAAGUUUGGCAAUCACAAAAGAUACCAAGACUGGUUUCAAGAUAAAUACUUCACAACACCCGAAUCUCAUAGCUUACGGUCGGAUCUAAUAAGAUUCAUCAUAAAUGCAAUUCAUCCGACAAAUGAUAUGCUAUGUUCGGAUAUAAUACCACGAUGGGCCAUCAUUGGGUGGCUAUUGACGUCGUGCACGAACCCCACGGCACUGGCAAAUGCCAAAUUGGCCCUCUUCUACGAUUGGUUAUUCUUCGAUCCAAUGAAGGAUAAUAUAAUGAAUGUGGAACCAGGAAUAUUGGUGAUGUACCAUUCCAUACGGAAUCAUCCGCUCGUUAGUAGUACCCUCCUUGAUUUCCUCUGUCGCAUCAUGAAGAAUUUCUAUCCGAAGAAUGAGGAUAAAAUUCGCAUGGGGGUGUAUAAUUCACUGCGGAAGAUUCUGGAGAAGCAGGUUAUACCGAAUUUGUAUCCCCUGUUUGAAUCUCCAAAGCUCGAUAGGGAGCUCAAGCAGAUGAUUAGGGAGAAUUUUCGGGAAUUCUGCAGUGGACCAAAUCCAAAUGACCUCAAUAGUCAAAUGACGGACGAUCGUACAAAUCUCUAUAUCAUGGAUGAGCGUAUUGGGGCACCGGGGAUGCACAAUAAUUUCAAUAGUGACGACAAAGUAUUCGGUCGACCGGGUAAUGCUGAGCCCCACAGGGGUGGUCAUAAUCCCCAAAUGGCCACAAAUACCACCCUUGGGGAUGCCGAUGGGGAGCCAGGGGAGAAUGAGGUGGAUUUCAGUGAUGACGAAGAGGAAACCACAACAGCGGUCAAAACGGAAGAUCUCACCGAUGACGAUGAUGAUUUGCCGCUCUCAAAGGUGCGGUUAAAAGAGAAACCAGCACCGGAUAAAGUGGACCUACCGCCAUCAAUUGCGGGUUCAUUUGAACGUUUUUUGACAUCAAAAUCAUGUGAGGAUUUUGAGACGUUCCUCCUUGAUUUCCGGACGUGUAGCACCCUCGAUGGGGAACAGGAAACAUACAUUGCAAACAAUGUGGUGAACAUUCUCAAAGCGACGCUAUCAAAGCCAAAUUUCCCCGAUUCAAAGCACGACAAUGAGAAGUUGGCCGAAAGCAUAGACUACCCAUUAUUUGUGUUGUGCAAAAUAUUCUAUCAGUAUGAGGAUAAGUGUCGGAAGUGUAUAACAAAUCUCCUUGCUACGGUGUACAAUCGAAUACCGGGUAUGGGGUACCUAAUGCUGUACUUCCUCAAGGUGCACACACGAUUGCAGUCGCGGAAGAAUCCAAAUGUUGUAUUUAAAACGAGUAUGUAUAGGAAUGUGUGUGAUUCCGUGAAUCAGAGUGUUGAAAGUUGCCUGGCGCGUGAUUUGACAUUACUCGAGAGGGAGAGUCCGCAUUUCUUCCUUUGGCUCCUGCCGGAUGUUUAUCGUGAAUUCAAGAGUAGCAUGAUUAAUAAUUGUGAUGUACUUCGGACACUCGUUGGGUGUAUUGAUGCCAAGAAUUUGCGAGAUCUCAUCUAUUGCGUCACGCAGGGGAAGUUGGUGAUCUUCCAGAAUGAUGGGGUACUCGAAUGUGUACGCGAUAGCUUGAAUUAUGAGACAUUUGAGCAAUUCUGCCUGUGGCAACUCCUACAGGCGCAUGAUGUACCCAUUGAGUAUCUUCAGGAUAUUCUACCUGAAUUAGAAUCAUCGAAUCAUGCAGAAGCACUUACAUACAUGCUGAUGCUACUUAAGUGUGAGAAACCAAAUGCGGAACUCGUUCGAUUGCUCUUGAGUAGAGAAACGAAAAAUCGUGGUGAUCCAUUUGUCACGUCAGCUUUAAGGUAUUGGUGUCAAGAAUUUGAGGAGAAUUUAUCGGAAAUCAUUGCGGGUUUAUUGACAUCAAAAUAUCCGAAUAGUUCACCAAAUAAACGGAAACGUCACACUAAAAAUAAUUCCGUUCAAACAACAUCACCCUCCUCAGAGCAGCUUCUCAACCAUCUGGAGCACUUUCGACGGAGCUGUCGACAUGGGAAUGGCACAGGGACCGGGCUAUAUGUUCAGGAUGCCAUGCAACGAGCCCUCCAGCAGGCUUUCUCACACAGUAGCGAGAGCACAAAGAAACAAUACUGUGAUUUAUUUGCACUGGCGGCGGAAGAUGAGACGAGUGGAGUUGGAAGACGGGGUGCGAGUGGGCGAGGAAGGAAGCAGCCACCGAGCAAAAAGGAAUCGAGUAGUACAUCAAAUGCAUCAAAUAAGAAAAAUAUCGAACCUCUAUCUAGUUUUAUUUCAAGUGAUGAGGAGUCGAGUGAGGACGAAUGGUCAAAACCAAAAGCAGCAAAGAGGCGAAAAAAGGCUCUAAGUGAUUCAGAUUGACGCAUAUGAAUGGAUAUUGAGGGACAUUUAUUUAUUUCAGUGAGAUAAUUUAGAAUGACGAAGGAGAAAAAAAAGAAAUUGAAAAAAAUCACAAAAAAUUAAACAAAAAGCAUGCAGAAAUUGUGGAAGAAGUGUGAAAAGAAAAUUUCCUCCUUUAGUGUUUCAUAAAAACUCCCAACACCCCCCUUACAUCCAAAAAUAAAUUUAAAAAUCCUUUUUUGUUCCCCCCCCACCCCGUGUAAAUAAUUUCUUUGCGAUAAAUAAAAUAAAAUAAUGUAGUACAAUGAAAAUUCUUGUUGCUAGCAAUUUUAUCAUUUUUUUUGCAUUAAUUUUAUAUAAAUAUAAAUAAAAGAUAAUAAAGUAA